AUGAAAACCAUUGAAUCAAGAUGUUUCAGACAAUACAAAGAUGGGCUAAAUUUCAAAUAUGUUAUUUUUCUUCUGGUGUGCUUAAAUAUUGGUAUUGUCUUAAUUUGGAGUAUUGUUUAUGGAUAUUAUGUAAAACGUCGAGUCGAGCAUUAUGGUCAAUCCGAUCCAGCAAACAAUGAUGGGGAAAGUAAACCUCUACAUGUUGGUUAUCGUGGUGAAGACAAUUAUAAAUCUAAAAGCGUUACAUUUCGAUUUUCUACAUUUUACAUUUACAUCGUCCAUUUGGUUGUUCGCCUCAUUAUAUUAUCCAUAUUCGUUGGAUUACUUUUCUCAGCCAACUUUCCUAUUGAUUACUUUUGUUCAUGGCAUCCUAAAGUGAAAGAAACAACCUCAUUAAAUCACACUAUACCCACCUCAUACGACGUCAUAUUACUUGCUUGUCAAAAUCUCAACGCUGAUAAAAGUAAGACGUUAAUUCAAGUUGUUGGGUCUGUUGAUGUCAUUUUUAUAAUACUGACAAUCUUAGAGCUGUCUUAUUUAACGAUUGUAGCCUGGAAGUACAGGUUAUUUACAACAUCAAGAGAAUUUUGUGAAGUUUAUUUGUUACGAAAACGUGAAAGAUUUCAAACAUUUUUGGAAAAACAAAAAGAAAAUUUUGACAGCAACAAAGACAUUCAAACAAAUGAGGACUUUGGUGAUGAUGAAUACCGUCCAUUAAAGUUUGAGGAGAUUUAUGUCAAUGUCAUUAUGCAAGGAGAAAGAGAAUUAAAGAAUGCUUAUCCAGCAAAAUAUAAAAGACAUGAAAUCUUUCAAUGUCAUCUAGAAGUUGGACAUGAUGCAAGGCAAUUGAAAAUGGUGACCGAAAUUUUUAAGCCAAUCCAGGGUGAGAAAGAAACAUCGUAUCCACGUUCUAUUUUAGUCAUUGGAAGGCCAGGAAUUGGUAAAACAAUGUUAACAAAAAAACUUAUGCAUGAAUGGAAAAACAAUACAGAUAUAUAUUGGCGAGAUAAGCACGUUCAUUUGAUCCGAUGUCGUGCCUUUAAAAAUGUUGACAUUACUCUUCAAGAAAUGUUGUGUGCUGAUGGAUUGCCAUAUCCCGAUUACGAAUUGAUAAUGUCAUUUCCCAAACAAAAUGUCCUUAUCGUUGACGGUUUUGAUGAGCUUCCAUUGGGUGAAAAAAAUCUUAAAACUGAUGGCCCAGUGUUUGCUAAAGAAAAAAUGCCAGCAUUUACAGUGUUAAGUAUGUUGAUUCAAGGUAAACUGUUGCCAGGUGCCACUGUUCUAAUAACAUCACGACCAACCGCUGAAUAUGCAUUUAAACUUUUGAAAUUUAAGAGGACAGUGGAGAUCUUGGGGUUUUUUGAAGAUCAAAUUAAAGAAUAUGUUCACAAGUUUUGUGGUAAAGAUAAGGAAUCUGCCGAGCUGAUCUUGAACUGCAUUGAUAACUCUAUCGAACUUCGUAGCUUGUGCUAUAUCCCCGUCAACGCUUACAUUGUCUGUCUGACCCUGAAAGAAUGCUUUAGAAACGACGCAAAAGAUAUUCCAAAAACUACAACUGAAUUGUACAAAAGAGCAGUUAAAAUCUUACUUUGGAAUCACCAUCCAGAUUUUAAAAGUAUAUUACUACCAAAGAAUUAUCUUGUCAAAGAUUUACCGGAAAAACUUGACAAUGACCUGAAGAUAAUGAAAAGCCUUGCAAAAGACGGCAUUGCGAAAGAGAGUUUGAUUUUUGAAGAACCAAGUCUCCCGAAUUUUCCACAUCGAGCAAAUUGCGGUUUCUUUCAUCAAUUACCAGAUAGACGACGCAAUCUUUAUUGUUUUAUUCAUUUGACUCUUCAAGAGUUCUUCGCUGCAUGGUGUAUUGUUGACGAUUGGCAAAACAUCGGAAAGUUUUUGGAUGAUAAUGUGUCUGAUCCUAAAUGGCAUUUGGUAAUAGAGUUUGUUGCUGGUUUAGUUGGAGACAAGAAGAGAUCUAGCAGCGUCAGAGAUACUAAAACAAUAGAAGAUGUUGAACAACGGUUUACAUUUUGGAUCUCACAUUUAUUUUCCAAUGACGGCAAUAAAGCAAUUGGUUUUCUGGGAGUAAAGUGCUUAUACGAGUUGCAAGACAAAGAUGUCAUCAGGUCAGCAUGUACACAACUAAAUAAGAACUAUUCUCGAGAAAUGAAGAUUGAAGAUGUUUCUUUUACUCCUGUUGAUUCAAAAGCAUUUUUCGAAUUUCUUUCUGAAUGCAAACACAUAAAUGAAGUUGUGUUCUCUUCGUGUAAGUUUAUUGAUAAUCAUAUCUGCCUUGCAAUGAAAAAGUAUUUAUUAAACUGGACAGGCGACGAAUUACUCUCUUUGCGUUUUCAGAAAUGUGAUUUUAGUCAUUAUUUUUUGAAAUAUCUCAGCGAAACUUUAAAACGUGGUAACUUUACAUUCACUGCAUCUAAUAACUGCAUUAAUCUAGAAAAUGAGGGUGCUAAAUAUCUUAAUGAAGCUUUGAAAUUUAAGAAUUGUAAAAUUGCGGAUUUAUAUAUUGAUGCCAAGGAUUUAGGUGAUGAAGGUGCUAAAUAUCUUAGUGAAGCUUUGAAAAGUGACAAUUGUAUACUUACUGAAUUGUUUCUUUUUGGUAGCAAUAUAGGUGAUCAAGGUGCUAAAUAUCUUAUCGAAGCAUUGAAAUAUGAGAAUUGUAAACUUACUGAAUUGUAUCUUAAUGGCAACAAGAUAGGUGAUGAAGGCGCUAAAUAUCUUAGUGAAGCAUUGAAAAGUGAGAGUUGUAAACUUACUAACUUGUAUCUUAGUGACAACAAGAUAGGUGAUGAAGGUGCUAAAUAUCUUAGUGAAGCAUUGAAAAGUGAGAAUUGUAAACUUACUAAUUUGAAUCUUAAUUACAACAAGAUAGGUGAUGAAGGCGCUAAAUAUCUUAGUGAAGCCUUGAAAAUUGAGAAUUGUAAACUUACUGAAUUGGAUAUUUUUGAAAACGAUAUAGGUGAUGAAGGUGCUAAAUAUCUUAGUGAAGCAUUGAAAAGUGAGAAUUGUAAACUUACUAUAUUGUACCUUAAUGACAACAAGAUAGGUGAUGAAGGCGCUAAAUAUCUUAGUGAAGCAUUGAAAACUGAGGGUUGUAAACUUACUCAAUUGGGCAUUGAUGAUAACGAUAUAGGUGAUGAAGGUGCUAAAUAUCUUAGUGAAGCAUUGAAAAGUAAGAAUUGUAAACUUACUAUAUUGUAUCUUAAUGACAACAAGAUAGGUGAUGAAGGCGCUAAAUAUCUUAGUGAAGCAUUGAAAAGUGAGAGUUGUAAACUUACUCAAUUGGGCAUUGAUGAUAACGAUAUAGGUGAUGAAGGUGCUAAAUAUCUUAGUGAAGCAUUGAAAAGUAAGAAUUGUAAACUUACUAAGUUGGUAAUAAGUGAGAGCACUACAGGUGAUAAAGGUGCUCAAUAUCUUAGUGAAGCUUUUAAAAGUGAGAAUUGAAAACUUACUCAAUUGGACAUUGAUGAUAACAAUAUUGGUGACGAAGGCGCAAUGUAUCUUAGUGAAGCAUUGAAAAGUGAGAACUGUAAACUUACAGAAAACUUAAGAUUGAACACUAAACACGUAGUUUGCAAACGGAAAGGCCUAGUACUUAAUCUUGGCCAACCAUUGUCGAUUAAGAAAAGAUUCGUUUGCAGUGGUGUACUGGGCUCUGACUGGCUUCAAUUUAAGGCCCUUUAGCUUUUCCUGAUGCAUACCUGUUAUCGACAUGUAAUUUAUGAGUAAUAUAGCCAUGACAGCCAUGCGUAAAUUGUAAGCUUGAUAAAAUGUAAGUUUGUAUCUAUCUCAAUUUUUCAAGAAUGAACUUGAAUAAGUUUUCAUCGAAAUUUUAUCAAGCUGGUUUUUAGCUGUAUAUUUCUACAUAGUUUUUAUAAAAACUUUGCACAUUUUGAGCUUUCUUAUUCAAGUGAAGUGAACGCAUUUCAUUUUAAAGUUGGCUUGCGCACGCAGUACCGAAGAGUUUCAUUAAGCUUUCUUGACUAACUAAAAUGACUGAAAAUGAUAAUUUGUUACUUUAUAAUUUCCUCUCAUGCAAAAGCAUAAGUAAAACUCUGAAAAAGCGUCUCAUGGGAAAAAAAUUGACUAUCUUUUGUUACAUAAACUCAAAAAAGACAACGAAAUGGCCUGUUGGUGCGCAAGCCCCUUAUAUUUUAAUUCGUACAAUUCCACCUCUUGCUUAAAAGAUUAUAACUUUUAUAUUUACUAUACGUAAACGAAUAAUUUAUGCGCAUUUUCGAACUUUCAUUUCAUGGAAACGUACCUUCAUUUUAAUUCAUUUUGUAAAGUAAUUGUAUUGUUUGAUUUUUAGAUACACAAUUUUCAUUUGUUUGUUUUGUUAAUUUUAUAACAUUUACUGUAAAUAGUAAAAAUUGUUACAAACAAUGAUAGACUGAAAUGAUGUUGUAAAUCUUUAAGUAGCCAAUGAAAUUUAAAUAAUAAACAUAAACACACGAA